AUCUCGUCAUAUGUUAACAUUGUCGUCUAUGGAAAUUCAAUUAGUGGUAUGAGCCCUGUAACCGUGCUUGUACUUUCUGUAAGUGUUCGACUAUCAGCGGACUGAACCAAGUGGAAUUGUAUAGCGCCCUCAACGUAGCUCGUUCUUUAGCAUCAUGGCGGCGAGCAGAUACCGAAAGUUUCUGCGUCUUUGUCAAGAGUGGCCACUGGACGAGACGAAACGAGGCCGUGAUCUGGGGAAACAUAUACGUGAUAGAGUGGCGAUAGCGUUCAAGCAUGGCGAGCACACAAAGAUAACAGAUGAGAAAGAAUGUGACAGAAUGUUAGAAAAUUUACAAAAAAUAAACACAGAUUAUUAUAAAAACAAGUAUCCCAGAUUAUAUGACAGCACUGCCACACUAUGUACAUUAGAACAAUGUACGAUUAUUGUGUCAACAGAUUUCAUGGAAGACAUGAAUGAGUUAAAUAAAGGAACAUUUCAGAAGCUACGAGAGGCAUUUUGGAAUAUAGACAAAAAAAGAUAACGCUGAAACACUGCUACUGUAACCGCCAUUACCGGUAUUUUCACUGCUUGCAUUUUCCCCCAAAACUGACGUUAUAGUUUAAUAUAAUUUUUUCUGAGAUCGAUUUUUUUCAAAUACCUAACUUUUCCAGUAAUAUGUAACUUUUUUAUAGUGUGUAAUUAUUUAAUAAAAGUGAUCCUUGACUGA